AAAAAGCUAUAUGCCUCCCUAUAUUUUGUGCCUACCACUCAACAUUUCUCUUUAGCUCCGCAGCUAAGCUUCUCUCAUGGAAAAGCAUAUCAACGUAGAGAUUGAUGCUCACGACAAUUUCCUUCCCUCAUCUUCAUCUUCCUCCUCCUCUUCUUCUUCUUUCUCGUCGUCCUCCUCCUCUUCUUCAAAAACCUUUUCAGGCUCAAAAACCAAAGAAAACCAUGCAGCUCCCAUGAAAGCUCAAGAUGAGAGCCAGAAAAAGCAAAAGACUAACAAUGAGAACGGAAACAAGCACCCAACUUAUAGAGGAGUAAGAAUGCGGAGUUGGGGCAAAUGGGUGUCUGAAAUCAGAGAGCCAAGGAAGAAAUCAAGAAUAUGGCUUGGAACAUAUCCUACAGCUGAAAUGGCGGCUCGAGCCCAUGAUGUAGCUGCUCUAACCAUCAAGGGGAGCUCUGCUUACCUGAAUUUCCCGGAACUAGCUCACGAACUUCCCCGUCCGAUCACCAAGUCUCCCAAAGACAUUCAAGUUGCCGCUGCCAAGGCAGCAACCUUAGCUUUCCCAGAAAGGAUGCAGUGCCAAGCUGAAGCUGAGAACAUAUCAGAAUCAGAUAAUUUGGCCUUGGACAACACGCAAGAAUCAACAUGCUCUCCUUCUGCCGAUCCUGAUGACACAUUGUUUGACCUGCCGGAUUUGUUCAUCGACGGAGUUGAUCUAGGAAUGGAUUUUGCCAAUAUUCUUCAUCAUGGCAGCUGUGUGCAGCGGAUACCGGCUUCCGGCUGGAGGAGCCAUACUUAUGGGAGUACUAUUAGAGAAAUUUUUUUGACACCAAAAGUAAAAACCGUAGACAAUUUGGAUACAUUUAACCAUUGAAGUCGCUGCACCAAUCCUAUCAACAAAAAGAAACCCAGUUGAGAAAAGUCUCAUUUGAACCCAGAAUUUCUAUCUGUACCAGUUGGGUUCUCUCUGGAAUUGUUGGAAGAUCACAGUACGUUUCUGCAUUGAAACAACACGAGGGCGGUAAAACUUUUACUUCAUUGUAAUAUAUAAGCACAAUAAAGAUGAUAUUUUUCCCUUUUUUCCAAA